AUGGGCCCUUUUCCCUCGGGACCCGUCUGCCGGCAACACCCAGACAUACUCGUAUGAUGUGUGCGUCGAUUCCCAAGGGGCGACGCUCGCGCUCAGAGGCUUAAUGAUUCGGUAGCGGGCGUCUUCUAUCAGGUGUUUGUGGUACGUGUUCGGUUUGGACGUGUGCCUCCAAGUGGUGCGCAUAUUGUCAGCGUGCUAGUAAUAUGUCCUUUGGCGUUCCGGUGUGGUUCGUGCCAAGCAGGGCGGCGACUUCUCCGAGCUCCUCGCCGCGAAGGGCGCCGCCGCGGGCGAGGAGGACUGCGAGCGCGCCGCCCACACUGGCGCCGUGGAGACGGUGGAGGAGGCGUGGGGCCCGCCGGAGGAGGAGCUGGCCCUCGCCGAGAGCAUGUGGGACGCGGCCGUGUUCAUUGGGUGCCCGCAGGUGGGCGCGCCCAGCUCCGCGGUCACCGCGGCCGCGCUCCUGCUCAACGCCGCGAUGCAGGUAAUCUUCUGCCCAUCAUGCAUCAUCGUAAACGACAGCCUCACGCGGCCUCGCAUCGACGAGUCGACCGUCAGCGACUUCAAGGACUGGCGCACAACUGUCGCGCACAACCUGAAGUACGUGGACGACCUCACGUUCCGGUCCCUGGCCAGGAAGGUGUGCAGCUUCGAGGACACCCCCAUGGCCGCGGGCCCGAUCCAGGGGCUGGAAGCGAUCAGCGAGUACCAGCCGUCCCUGGGGGAUCGGGAGCACCGCUCGGACCCCCCUCUCGGCUACUGGUGGCCGAGCAGGAGCGUGGGCGAGGUGAUGUGCCUCCUGUCGCUCGUGCUCUGGUGGCUCACCGUCCUGAAGGAGAUCUUCUCCAUGGUGAGCCUGAGCGAAGCUCUGCGCUCGGUGCCGACCGCGGUGCAAACGGAGAUAUCCAGCACCGCUGGCAGGCUCGCGCUGGUGUCGAUGUCGAGGUGCCGGAAGGCCACGGUCGUUGGCGUCCUCCUCGUGCGGUCGUUCGUGUGCCUGGUCCUCGCCAUCUGCGGCACGCUGUACCUUGCCUCGACGAUCUCGCUCGGCGACCUCCUGCUCAACGCCCUCGCCCUCGAGGUCGUGCUCUCGCUGGACGAGCUCACCUUCGAGGUCCUGGCACCCCGCUCCAUUCGGCUCCUCAUCUCCUCGAUGGCGCCGCUGGCGAAGCCUGCCAGCCCCGCCUGGCGUGGCCUCGACGGCAGGCCCGUCGUGGCGAGCGCCGCCAUCGCCGUCGGGCUCUCACUCGUGUACGGGCUCAUUCUGCGGGAGCAGUCGCAAGUUCUCAUGGACGCGCGAGAGGCGAUCUGUGGCGGCAACCUGGACUUCAUCGCCAGCGUCGACCAGAACGGCAUGGUGGUCGCCUUCUCAGGAGGCUCCACGGGGGACCACACGGACUGGUAUGAGUACCAAGCCUUCAGGAGCCUCAUCCUGAACGCGAGCGAGUUGUACGCGGACGUGCACCAGGGCUCGUCAUCCAAACUCGCGUACGCCUUCACUGGCAGCAGGUUCUCGCUGGAGGGGAUGGCACACCAGACUCUGGAGGAGCUGGGCGAGGUGUUCAACCCGGUCUGCUACGACUAUUCGGAAACGCUCACCAGUUCUUUCACUCUAAGGACAUCCUCGCCUCCGAGGAGUCCAAGUCGCUCCAAUACAACAGCGCAUUCGAGACGCCCCGGACCUCCGUGGGGCCUUUCAGCUCUUGCGCGGACGUCGUCCCGAUGUGCGGCGAGGAGUCCACGUUUGGCGUCCGCGCCAGGCAGUACUGCCCGGUUGCCUGCGGCUGCCACGACCCCUCCGCGCCGCUCGCGCUCUCCGACACGGCGCAGGGCUGCCCCCAGAGCUGCACGCAGACCGAGUGGCACGUUUCCCUGAUGGGCACCCUGAGCUGCGAGGACUGGACCGCGGAGUCCCCGCGGGAGCUCUGGGGCGUGGACCUGCUGACCGCGUACAUCGAGGGCCUGCGCGCCGCGGGCUGGCCGUCUGUCAUGGACCAGCUCAUCCAGGACAUCGAGAGCAAAAUCACGCAGGGCGGCUGCCCAGGACUGGUCGCGAACAUGUCAGACUCCAGCUGGUACUGGGGGAACCUCUGCGAGGAGGCGAACUUGUUCAAGUUCCGGCCCAUCACGGCGGUGUGCCCCGUGUCCUGUGGUUGCGCCAGCAGCGGUGGCCUGUUCUGCCCGACCACCUGCUAACCAGCCUUCCCUGCUGCGCGUCGCAUCAGGUGCUCUGCACUGGAGAGAGGG